AGGGCCGACACCGCGAUGAUCAUGAGCAGCUCCAUCCCGCCGCUGCCGAGGCACCUGCUCCGACCCGGACCCGGACACGGGCACCCCCGCCUCCUUCACGCCGCCGCCGCCCCCCCUGCCUCCAUCUUGUGGACAUCGGGCGGCGAGCUAGGGUUGGGGCCGGAGUCGGGGCGAUCGAUUCCCCCUGCCUCGUCCUCAGGCCCGGGCCCCGGUGGUCGUGCCCUGGCCGCGGCCGGUGUCUCCCUCCCGAGCUCCCUUGGCUGGUGGUGGGGGGUGGCCGUGGCGGCGGCGGAGGGAGGGAGCGGGACGGGCUGCCUCCCUCCCGCCCGCGCUCAUUGGAUGAGCCGUACGUUGCGUCGGCAGCCCCAAAGAACGGGCUUGUUCCCCUGGCGUUCGCUAGGGGCCCGCCCCCUUUCCGCGCGUGCGCGUAGGAGGGACACCUUCCUCACCUCCGGGAGGUCGCGUUUAUCUCGCGCCGCACUGCCCGCCUCCACCUCCGCCCCCGGUUGUUCCCUCCCUCCUCCUCUUCCUCCUCCUCUUCUUCUUCCUCCACUUCCACCUUCUCCUCCUCUCCGCAGUGGGAGCGCCGGGUGCCAGCUUGCGGCCCCUCACUGGGCACUCAGACCUAUGUUAGAAAUCACUAGAGCUCUGAUUACAUUGCUAUAGAGAACUCCUGGUGGGAAAGAUUCAUCUACCAAUGCAGCAACAUUCUUCCUUUGAAGGGCAGUGAAAGAAGUUAAACUGGUAUGGGAAUUCAUACCAAAAUUCCCAGAAUGGUAUUUGGAAAACCUGAAAUGGCAGAUUGAUUCAGACAAUAAAAUGAUGUAUGCUGUACUAUAAGAUAAUAUAUGUCCUAGCCAAAAAAAUCAACUGUUAAAUGAUUGAACAUUUUAUGAAAAGUUACCGGGCUUUAACUACCUAUCCAUAAUAUUAAAUAAAACAAAUAAAGCA